UUAUCUUCUUGGUGAAUGUGCAGUUUGGUUUUAAGUGAUCAAUUUAUAACUUAAUGACUGUAACAUGCUAUUUGAGUGAACCUUUAAGAAGAGUCCACCGAACUCAGAUCUUGUCAGUUUGCAUUGCUGUGUUGGAUUAAGCAAGCAGCAGCAUGGGUCGUGUCUGGUGUAUUGUGUUGAUCGCGACAGUCGCAAGCCAGGUCGCUGGCCAGAAUUGGAUGAGACCAGCUGAAACAACUACCCCAACGACCACAACAACGACAGAACCGCCGCCAUCGCCUGAACAGAUCGCAAUGAAUAAAUUGUGCGAAGCGAAGUGUCGAACUGAGGUUUGUUACCUGCCUGACAAUAAAGACUGCCGGAACUUCAUCGUGUGUGACCAAGACGCUUUGGGACAGUACUUUGGCUCUCUCCAGCCAUGCGCCUUCGGAACCUUCUGGUCGGGCUUUGACCAGACGACCACUUUUAGUUGCGCUCACCCCGCUAGUGCCUCUUGCAGUGUCAACUUCUGCAGUCGCAGGUCAGCAGGUGACACGUUCAGUCACACAGAACCAAACUGCAAAACCUACUGGGAAUGUAAAAGAGAUCCUGCGACUGGCAUCUUAAUGCCCAAACCUUCUUGUUGCAAAGAUGGAUUCAUGUUCAAUGGUGUACAGUGUGUUGUCGACAAUAACAAUGAAUGCCACGACAUCUGUCCCCUAACGAACGAGGCAGCUCCCUGCAUAGACGGAUCGCCAACCUUCCAUUCAGACGACGGAAACUGCCGGACGUACUGGAAAUGCAACAAGACAAAUCCACUUCCGGUCUGCUGCUCCGAGGGAAAAGGCUACGAUGUCGCGACCGGAACAUGCGCCGCAAACGGCUGUAGGGACAGUUGCCCACCGCAAUAUCAGACAGAUGCCUGUCUUAAUCCGAGCGUGAAAAACUACGACAUCUUUGAUAAUCACUGCCGUACGUACAUGCGCUGCAAAAAAAACGGCGAACCCGAUGAACGCUGGUGUUGCCCUUCGCAGCAGACGUUUAACCCGCAAACACAGCAGUGUGAAAGCACGUCUAUCAACGACAUUUGUGACGACUACUGUCCGCAAGGAUACUUGCAAGUCUGCCCGUUAGAGCCCUCCAGUAGCGGUCCAAACUUCUAUUCCCAAGCGGGUCUGGACGGUACUACGUCGGUGAUGAAGUGCGCUCCUGGGACUACAUUUAGCAAAGAAUUGUGUGGUUGUGGAAUGCCUAUCGAAAACGCUCCCGACAACUCUUGUAACAUGGAACUGGACAUUGUGUUUAACGGGACAGUCAUGGAGCGCCGAGGCUCCCAGAAUGAGGUUCAGAUUAUGAGAAAUAGUGCGCCGGUUAUGCCCGGGGAUCUUCUCGACGGCACAAUUACCUUCGGAUUCGACGGAAAUUUAAAAUUUAAAUUACCAUUUGCCCAACAGACGUUUGAAAAUGUAUAUGCCAUGGUACUCAUCAAACCCAGAACCCGAGCAGACACCAAUCCACAACCUAUAUUGUCCAACUGUAUGAACAAUGACCUCGGUGAUCCGACGUUUGAGCUCAUUCUGGCGAACGGUCUCGUGGUUGUGAGUGUCACAACGGAAAACCGCGUCGCCAAGGUUCCGGCAAUGGCUUCCACAACCCCCGCCAAGCUGUCGCUUCCCUUUCAGACGAACACAUGGCAGAUGGUUACGGUCAUCUAUGACGGCGCCACGCUCCGUCUGGCGGUGGCGACGGAACAACGGUCUAAGCAAGUUGACAUGAGUCUUGUUGGAAGUAUCCCUGUAGCAGCACAAGGCCUGCAAGUUGGCGGAUGUGAAAUAACGGGCAUCUCACCAAAGCUAGGACAAGGAUACGUUGGAUCCAUGGCAAAGUUCCAGUUUUCCAAAUGCCUGCGUAAAGAUUGGCUGAUGAGCUUCUAUAAGGCUCACGGGAUUGAACCGCCUCAGCCGCCUCAGCCGGAAGACAUUUUACCUGCAUAAUUGUUUAAACGAAGAAAUCAAUGUAACAAACUCAUACCGGAGUUCAAAUCGAUGUUUCAACAGAUGUGAUGAAGAAUAUAAUUUUGCUUGUAAAUGUUACAAUACAAUUCAACAUUAAAAGUUAACAGUG